GGGGCGCGGCGGGGCCGGGGCCGUUAGGGUCGGGUCGGGCGAGGGGGGCUGUGGGACCCCUCUCGUCUGCCCGCUCCCCACAGCCGGACACCCUGCGCCGCCCCUGGGGCCGGUGCCGCCGCCCUUUCCGAGCGGUGCCCGCCGUUUCUCGGCUCUGCCGGCUCCUCGGCCGGGCGGCGCGGCGCGGGGCUCCGUGGUGGCUGAGGCGGCGCGGCGGGGUACAGCCGCGACCUUGUCCUUCCGCUCGUCCCGGGCCGCAGCGGUCCAGCUGCCUUAGUGCUGCCCGCUUCGGCCGAGCGCGGGCUUGUCCCGUGCUUCACACACACAGACCUCGUGUGCUCCUUCCUGAGGGGUCAAGGGGAGAAGCUGCUCGGUGGUGACCUGCAGGAGGGACAGUUUGUCCAGGCCGUGCCUCCUACCGGUCUGUGUGCAUGCCCUCGGUGGAAGAUUUCCUAUCCCGCUUGCUUAAAUACUGAUGUAGGACUGAGGAAAAGAAGAGAUGCAGUUCUAGAUCUCAAGUGACAUUAACCCAGGGCCAGUGGGUCAGAGGGAGCUGGUGAUUCUGAAGACUGCCCAGUCAUCAUGGCUUGUGCUACAAUUCAUGUAGGUUUUACUGUUCCUCAGUUACUGAGAGGUGCUAGCAGAAUUCAUCCCACUCAUUCUGCAUUGGUGGUGUUGAGGCACUCUGCUUCUUGUUACUGCACAGUGAACGGCACAAUAAAAUCACAAAGGAAAAUGGAUCAUCUAGAGAGGACAGCAAAUAAUUUUCGCCAGGAGGUAAUUUCACAAGCAAAAGUGUGUGGAAUCAGCAAUGAAUCAGAGACAGUCAAAAGACUUCGCUUGGCUAUCACAAAUAAAGAUUUUACUUUCAAAGCAGGACAGUGGGUUGAUUUCUUUAUUCCUGGACUGCCUGUAGUUGGGGGAUUCUCAAUGUGUUCAAGCCCUGGCCUGUUGAAACGAGAAGGAAUAUUAGAGCUGGCAGUAAAGCACACUGGUCAUCCUCCUGCCCACUGGGUUCACACUGAGUGUACUCUUGACUCAGAAGUUGCCCUGCGAGUGGGAGGUGAUUUCUUCUUUGAUCCUCAGCCUGGUGACUCCCCUGUAAAACUAGUGCUGAUAGCAGGGGGUGUUGGAAUUAACCCAUUGUUUUCUAUACUGCUGCAUAUAGCAGAUCUUCAUGGAUACCAAGAGGGUAAAGGAAAUGGAUACAAAAUGGGAACAGUGAAGCUGUACUACAGUGCAAAAAAUACAAGUCAACUCUUAUUUAAGAAAAACAUUCUUUUUUUGAUGAACGCAUUUCCUGGCAAGAUCAUGUGUCGCUUCCACGUCACCCAGCAGAGCUCACCCAUCUGUAAAGAGCUUCAGCCACAUGUUACAGAGGGAAGAAUAUCUGAAAAGGAUCUAGAAAAACAUGUAUCUCAGGAUACCUUAUGGUACAUCUGCGGUCCACCUCCGAUGAUAGAAUCUAUAUCCAAACUACUGUCUGACCUGGGCGUUCCUAGGAACUGUGUUUUCUUUGAGAAAUGGUGGUAGUGACACCUGCUGAACAGAAAAGAUACUGGUUUUUUUUCUAGUGUAUUUUGAUAAGCUGAAAUGUACAGAAAUGGACUAUGAAUUAUUUGGAAGAUUCUAUUUCACACAUGAAGAUAUCCUCAAUCAUGACAAUGGUCCUUUAAUUUAACCAUAAUACACCUGAAAUGCUGCUGCUUUUGGGGGAAAAAGUGAUUUUAUAUUAAAGACAUUAACUCUUCUGGUUU